GGAGGCGGUGACGGUGAUCAACGUCCAUGCGCAGGCGCAGUGGCACUUCACACAACCGCAAUAAGCAAACAUGGCGGCGGCCGUCGACAGUGUUGUGAAAGUACUGGGAGAGCAGUAUUACAGAGAUGCCAUGGAGCAGUGUCAUAGUUACAACGCUCGUCUGUGCGCUGAGCGCAGCAUCCUGAUGCCUUUCCUGGAUUCUCAGACUGGUGUCGCCCAGUCCAACUGUUACAUCUGGAUGGAGAAGAGACACCGGAGUGCAGGUGUCGCUCCGGGGCAGCUGUACACUUACCCUGCACGGCGCUGGAGAAAGAAACGCCGUUCUCAUCCACCGGAGGACCCUCGCUUGGCCUUCCCCCCUCUCAAAGCAGCAGAUUUGGAGCUUGGUUUGAAGCGUGAGGCUUUGGGGCCGGUGGAUGGCAGCAGUCUGGAGGCCCUACUGAAGGGGGAGCCCCUUGACAGGAGGAGCGGAGUGUCGGACCUUCGAGGGCCAGAGGAUGAUUCAGCAGCUGUGGAGCCUCCUGCCACCUCAACAACCACACAUUCGUCCUCCGGGCGUGUCCGCAAGAGAGUUCUGGACCACGACGACUACUUGGACGAUCUGGAUGAUGACGACUUUGAGGAUGAGACCCCGAAAAGGCGAGGCAAGAGCAAGUCUAAGGGGCGCGGUGACAAGAACGGCAAGAAAAAGCAGGAGGCUGCGGCUGCAGCGCUAGAGGAGCGGGACAAACCGUACGCCUGCGACAUCUGUGGGAAGCGCUACAAGAACCGCCCGGGCCUGAGCUACCACUAUACACACUCUCACCUGGCUGAGGAGGAGGGCGAGGACCGCGAGGAGAUCGAGGCACCACCCACUCCUCGCCAGCCUGAGGAGCAGAAGACUACUAAAAAGGGUCCCAACGGACUGGCAAUGCCCAACGAUUACUGCGACUUCUGUCUGGGAGACUCCACUUUAAACCAGAAGACCGGCCAAUCAGAAGGGCUGGUGUCCUGCUCAGACUGUGGACGCUCAGGCCACCCAACAUGCUUGCAGUUCACGCCGGUGAUGAUGGCUGCAGUGAAGACGUACCGCUGGCAGUGCAUAGAGUGCAAGUGCUGCAAUGUUUGCGGCACCUCAGAGAAUGAUGACCAACUGCUGUUCUGCGAUGACUGUGACCGGGGCUACCACAUGUACUGUCUAAGUCCCCCCAUGAACGAACCGCCUGAAGGGAGCUGGAGCUGCCACCUGUGCCUUCUUCUGUUGAAGGACAAAGCCUCCAUAUACCAGCAGAACCAGAGCUCCACCCCAGAGUGACAUCAUAUCAGCAAGUCCCGCCCCCCGAUGUAAACAUCAGUCCUCCUCUCAGUCCAGGGCACCAGGCUCGGUCCAGAUGUAGCCGAGUCAGAUCGCGGAUCAGCGUUAGAAGUCUUAAUAUGUGCAGUGUCAGUAGAGCAAUCACAACUAUCACUACCAACCUGGCUGCGAAACCCCGGCAGCUUACCAUCAAACACAUACACAUUGUGAGUAUACACAGUAUAGACACACUCUUCUGGACUGUUACACACACUAGAUACAGAGAGCAUGCAGUAACCACGGUAAUCAGUCUCCAUGGGAGCAAACAGGUUAGCCUGACAGCUAAUUAUCUGCACGCUUUCACACUCAAAGACUCUCCAGUCCACACUGUGUCUUUGGGGCUUUUUUUUUUAUCCUGCCAAAUUAUCUAUUUUUACUCCCUCAUUGUGGGGGAAAGAAAAAAAUCACCACUUAUAUGGUCAUGGAAUAUUAUUAUUAUUACUACUAUUGUUAUUGUUCUGGUUACUAGUGGACUUUUGUAGUGGCAUUUGUUUGUGUACUUUUGUCUGAUCCAUCGGAGCAUAAAUCUUUUAUCGCGGUGUCCCUGAAGGGAACCAGUCAGUGCCAAGGUCCUCCAUCUUAAGAAAUACACACAACAAAUACCAAUGGAGUUUAUCAUAACCACGUCGACCAUCUUUGUUUUCAUUUCUAAUCAGUUGGACAACGAUAGUAAAAAAAAAAAAAGUCUUUAAACAUUGGCUUUGACUCGUUAAGCUGUUAGCACAAAAUCUUUGGCCUUGCUUCUUUUAGGGUUGUACCAACACCAACUUUUCCUCUUGACUACUCGUUACGUGAGUUACUUUCACCGAACACUUUACAACACAGCGUAAUAUUGUUAGUUGGACUUCCGGAAACAU